AUGGUGGAUGCUUUGCUUCUUAACCUGGAUGUGCACAAUAAAAUGAAAAAUGGAAUUGAAGUUGAUGAGUCUCAACCUGCUUCACUUAACUAUGCUCCUCUUUGGAAGGUCUGUCAAGGCAAUUGCCCUACGCCCCUACUUGUAGCUUUGGAAGGGAAGCGGGUGGAAAUGUUCAUGAAUGCACUAAGAGCUCUGGCAGAGGAAAGUGGAUUAAUUCUGAAGAUGCUGGAUAAGAAAUUGGAGAGGACCCUUGUGCAUUCAUAUCACAAGGAUCUGACAACUCAAGUUUCUGCUGAAACUGAUGCAGUUUUCACUCUUACCAAAAGUUGUUUCUCUACUUUAUUUACAGAAUUACAGGAUGAGCGCUGCUCAAAGUUGAAAAUUUAUCCAAUCUUGCUGAAGGUCUAUCUAGAGAGAAUUCCGAGAAAACUUGAAGUUGAUGCUUUUGCUGAAGAACUAAAACCAUACCAUGUUUUCUUGUAUUUGGUUUAA